GAAUCAAACCCCCAAGAUGGCGGCGGCGUCGGAGGAGCGGAUGGCUGAGGAAGGAGGCGGUGGCCACGGCGACGGCGGCUCCCCUUCGGCCAUCGGCUCUACCCAGCGACUGCCACCACCUCCCCCGCCACAGCCCCCGCAGCCGGGGUCCCAGGCUCCCCCGGCUCCGGCGCUGGCUCCGGACCAGCUGCCUCAAAACACGCUCGUGGCGCUGCCCAUCGUAGCCAUCGAAAACAUCCUCAGCUUUAUGUCCUAUGACGAAAUUAGCCAGCUCCGCCUGGUUUGUAAAAGAAUGGACUUGGUCUGCCAGAGAAUGUUGAAUCAGGGAUUUCUAAAAGUGGAGAGGUACCAUAAUCUAUGUCAGAAACAAGUUAAAGCACAACUCCCAAGAAGAGAGUCAGAGAGGAGAAACCAUUCAUUAGCUCGUCAUGCAGACAUCCUCGCUGCUGUUGAAACAAGGCUGUCUCUCUUAAAUAUGACUUUCAUGAAGUAUGUGGACUCCAAUCUCUGUUGCUUCAUCCCAGGAAAGGUGAUUGAUGAGAUUUAUCGUGUGUUGAGAUAUGUCAAUUCUACCAGAGCCCCUCAGCGAGCUCAUGAAGUACUUCAAGAGUUAAGGGAUAUUUCCUCCAUGGCAAUGGAAUACUUUGAUGAAAAGAUUGUUCCAAUUCUAAAGAGGAAAUUACCAGGAUCAGAUGUAUCGGGAAGACUCAUGGGCUCUCCUCCAGUUCCAGGACCUUCUGCAGCCCUGACAACAAUGCAACUCUUCUCCAAGCAAAACCCUUCAAGACAAGAGGUUACCAAACUCCAGCAGCAGGUUAAGACAAAUGGUGCUGGGGUGACUGUUCUCAGGCGUGAAAUUUCUGAGCUUCGCACCAAAGUGCAAGAACAGCAGAAACAGCUUCAAGACCAGGACCAGAAACUGCUAGAGCAGACCCAGAUCAUAGGUGAACAGAACGCACGGUUGGCAGAGCUGGAACGCAAACUGCGAGAAGUAAUGGAAAGUGCAGUAGGAGACUCCUCAGGGUCUGGGCAGAAUGAAGAGUCUCCUCGGAAACGCAAAAAGGCCGCAGAAGCCAUAGACUCUCUUAGGAAAUCUAAACGUCUCCGGAAUAGAAAGUAAACCAGAAUGUGCUUCUAGCUCCAGAGGAAGACCUGACUUCGUAGCUUGAGCAGUUCUGCAUAUCAGGACACUGUGAGCAACAUGGUGUCCCUUAGCUCUAGGCUUUCAGAACACAACGUAAACUUGAACUCUCAUGGUUUGGGACAGUCUUUUCCCGCUUCUCCUGGUUGAACUGAUGCACAGAAUCCUUUUAUUUUGCAAUAGAUUUGUACUAACCAGACCUAUCCUAUCAUGUUUUGAGAAGUUAACUUUAUUUCUGUGCAGAUAAUGUUUAAAGCAAGUUUAUUUGUUUCUGCAUAUAUGCACAUUACAUAAGGAUCUUAAACCAGUCUCGACAGACUAGAAGUUAAGUUUAAUACAUAAAAUGUCCUGUUCACUUGAAAGAAAAGACCUACUUUUUAAAUGGACAGUAUCUUGUUUUUAAAAAAAAAGUUGACUUUUUGUUAUAAGUGACCUUUGUCUGGAAUGUCUGAAAAGUAGUAAAUGCUUUUUUGGUAUUGAAGUAAUGGGUAACUAAAACGGACUUCCAUAGUAUUGGCUGUAGAAGGGACCUCUACAGUAUUGACUAUAUAUUUUUAUAAACUACUGGCAAGGGACUUACCCAGUUGUUAUAUACAUGUUUUCGGUUCAGUUUUGGGGCCAUGUCCUACAUUUGCAUGGAUGGAUGCAUGCAUUGCCUAGUCAACUCACUUAAAAAGCUCUUGCACUGGUAUUUAUCUUGAACCUCUAUGCUUCUCCACUUUUUAGAGCAGCAUCUUAGUUCAUUUAAGCGCUUAACAUCUUCCACCGCAACAGCUUGCCUCUGGGGGUGGGGUGGUAUUUGUAUGUCCAUUUGUCCUCCAGUUUUACAAGAAUAAGAGAGUAUUAAAGCCCAUUGCUUUAUCUAUUCUCUCUAGGGUUCAGGUACACUGGCUAAGGCAGAACCCCAAAUUCUUUACAUUGAUGUCAGACUUCUGGCAACUAGUACUCUUCCUUACUUACUCACCACUGUGUAUGCUCAUUGAUCAAAUGUCAUGACCAGUGGUAUAAGUAGGGAACCCAACCUGUGGGAUGCAGUUUUGCCAUUGAAAGAAAGUUCAGUGAAGAAAAUUAUACCAUGAAAAAGCAUUUUGAUCAUUUCAUUUCUGGGGAAUGACCUGAGGGAAGCUUUUUAAUAUUAAUUUCAAGCUUUCCUUAUCCUGCAACUUUAAACAAAAGCUUUAAUUUCGUUUGCACUCCUGUUUUGAGCUUGUAACUGGAAAAGCAUGUCUUGCACUGUUCAACCUUCUAAGUGGUCACUUUAACAACCUCCAAAUUGUGUACAGUGGUUAUUUUCCCCAGUUGUAUAUUUUUGAAACAGUCAACUAUUACUGUCCUAGUUUUAUUUUAAUGUACUAAAUUAUGUAGUCAUUAUUUGCCUGUUAAGUUCUUUUAAACAACUGUUGCCUUGGGCUUCAGUUAUUUAAGGUAAACUUAGGUGUAGUAUAGAAUACUAUCCCUUUCCAGGUGGGAGUUUGACACCUGUAUAAAACCUAAGGUUUCGGUAAGUACCUUAGUUGAAUAAAAGCACAAGGUCACUACCUUUUUUUAUCUGUCCAACAUGACAUGGUUAUGCAUCCUUGAGAUUAACCUCACCAAAUGAAACUUUUUCUUAUCAAUUUUUAACAUUGUCCUUACGUAAUAUUGUCCUUAGAUUUUGAUCAAUUCUUUGUCUAACUUUGAAACUCCAUUUACAAUGUAGUAUGUUUUCAAUGAAAAACCAUAAAAUAACAUCCAAGUGUUUCAUGGUUUGUUGGGAAGGUAAUUUUAAAAUAAACAAUUUCCAAAAAACAUUUGUCAGCCAAGGUCAUCCAUAAAAGUCCCUGUCUGGAACUCAUUUUCUCAGCAGGUCUCAUUUGUUUAAUCAUAGGAUUUAGCCAUAUUGUCACAACUUUGGAGGAGGCCUACUGGAAUACUCAUGGCCUUUAAUAGUCUGCUUUCCUGGUAAUAGGAAGACUUUUAAGUAACAGAGUACAUGUUUACAGGCUUACAAAGGGAUAUAACCUCAGAUGAUCUUUUUAAUAGUUGUUAAUUAUUUAAAGUUCCCUGGGUCUCUUUUAAAACUACAUCUGGAC